GUGAUAGCAGGAGCUAGAGUAUAAAUGUGGUAAAUUUUUGUUCUAGUUUAAUCUUUUAAAAAAUGAAGGCUUUGUGUAUUUUAGCUGUUAUUGCGGCAUGCGUAGCUGGUCCUGCCCAUCACUUCCUCCUAAGCAGUAGAAAUGUUUUCACUAAUAAUCAUCAGACAAAAUCACUGGAGUGUAAAACGAGUGAGUUGGAAUACAAGAUUACAAAUACCUGGGACAGCAUAAAGGUGAUGCAUGAGCCAGUGAUCAUCAGAUUUAAGGCAGGUGACCAAGGAUUAAUAAUGGAAGUGAAUUCCCUGUUCUUUGAUGACCCUUCUGCCCCAUCUGGUGAGCCAGGAAAGCCUUUUGAUGGACUCUGGGAUUACGAAGUUGUUGAAUCCUUUUUUCUGAAUAGUGAGACUAAAGACUAUCUAGAAGUGGAACUUUGCCCGCAUGGACAACAUCUUGUAUUAUUGCUCUCUGGAGGAAACUGUUUUGAAAAAGGACUUGACUUGAUAUUUAAAGCAGACAUAAACUGGAACAAAUGGAAUGGCACAGCACUUAUUCCUUGGAGGUAUUUCCCACCUGGUGUUGACAAGAUGAAUUCAUAUGCCAUCCAUGGGUCUGGGAUUGGAAGAACAUAUGAGGCACUUUAUCCAAUACCUAGAGAGGAUAUUGAACUGGGACAGGGGCCUAAUUUCCAUCGUCUGGAGUAUUUCAAAAAGUUCAGUCUAAAGUGGAUUAUGGGAGAGAACUGGGAGCAACCUGCAUCAGACCUGUGGAAAUAGCUUAAUCAGUGUCUACAAUCAAGUAACUUUCUAAAUCACAAACACAGUUAUUAAAAAACAAAACAAACUCUAACAAAAAACAACCCCCCCUCCAACUACUUAAAAGUCUAUUUUCAAAUUGCUGGAACUAAGUUGUAUUCUGUCACGGCUUCAAAUUGAUGUGGCAAUUAAAAUAAAUAAUUUAAGAGGCUA